UAACUGACCUACGUGAAAAGAGGAACCAGUUCUAAACCGAAGCGGGUUUGAAGCAUAGCCAAAAGGACAAAAGAAAGCUUGGCAUACAACUCUCAAGCAAAGGAAGCGGAGUUGGAUAAAAUCCCUUCUGACACAGUACAAUUAUACAAUAACAAUUGUGUAAUCAUCAGAUACAACGAGAGCCAGCUUCCGAAAUCAAGGUUACUCAGUCUCUCCUCUGACACCAAGAUCUUGCCAUAUAAUGUCCUUUCAUAUCUGAAAUGCCAAAACAAGCUUCAGAAAUUACUUUCAAACAACACUUUAUGAGAAAUUACAGUGGCUUGUACCUGUGAAUUCAUUAAGGGCUUCACCAUAGUAACAAACGACAUUGUUUGUGCAGAGAUGCUGAGAAUCUGUGGAAAUACUUCAGUGGCCGUGUCUAUAGGAAUUUCCCUUCUUUUACUGUUGGUGAUCUGUGGAAUCGGGUGUGUUUGGCAGUGGAAACACCAGAAUACCAUGCAAUUUACCUUACCAAAGUUUUUGCAGAGGAGGAGAAGCAGGAGAAAAGACUGUACUAAAACAUUCUUCUUGAGUCCCCAGUUUAUCAGCCCAAGGCAUAAAAUCUCAGUUCCAACUCAAGACCGCCAUUCUGCUGGGAAGGACACUAACAUCCACGACAACUAUGAAAAUGUGAAAGUGCGUCCUCCCAAAGCUGAAGGAGAAACGGACAAGAAACUGUAUGAAAAUACUUGGCAGACCAAUCCUGAGGAGCAUAUCUACGGAAACGAGACACCGUGUGACUAUUAUAACUUCAAGAAGCCUAGUACUUCUGAAGCCCCUCAAGAGGAAGACAUAUAUAUUCUUCCAGAUUCAUAUUAAUUUUGCAAAAUGUGUAUUUAGUUAUUGGAGGGUAAAUAUUCUCUGAGGCUUUAUUGAACUGAUACCAUCAAAUUCUUCUGUUGAAACUUGAUGAUCUCCUUUAUUGCCACCCUUCUGAAUCCUAUGUAUAUCACUGUGGAUUAAUUCUAGAUAUCCUCGCCAUCCUUCUUGGAUUAAUUCUGAAUUGUGUUUCAUUGAUUCUUCCUUCUGAGCAUUACUUGCUAUCCUUUUCUAUCUGGACCACUUUUCUGGCUCGGGAUUGUCACCGUCUGCUCACUAGUCUUUCUGGCUUGAGUUCCUACAUACUCAGUGAUGCCACAUAACUGCAGAAUCCUUGAGACGCUGCCAGAUUCAUCUUCAGAAAACAUUCCCAGUGGCCACAUCACUCCUCUGCAUAAAACCUCUUACUGUCUCCUCUUUGCAAAAGACAUACUACUCAGAAUUCUAACUCCAGAAUUUUACACAGUUCAAACUCACUUUUCCAGUGAUUUAUGCUAAUCUCUCACUUCUCUGUGUUCAUCAAAACCUGCCAAACCCAUCUCUCCUCCUCAGCUUUCCUUGUCUGCUCCCUCUUAAGCCUGCCUUGGACCAUAACUUCUUCCUUCUGAGUCUUUGAAUCAUUCCAAACCCACGUAUACCAUUUUUCUUUCCUGGUGUCCUCUAGAUUUUGCUGCCUGUUCAGUUCUUUGGGCAUUUAAACAUAUGAGUGUUUGCAAUGGCAUUUUAUUAUUUAGUGUCGUAUGAAAAUGUCCUAAAUCCCAUACUAAAUAGUAAGGAACCGCCUCAUAUUCAUAUUUUAACCCCAAUGUCUAUAGACUGCCAUAUGAGGCACUCAGUAUUGUUCAGUUGACAAGAAUUGAACUGUACUCUUCACUAAGUACUUUUGAAAACAAUCUAAUAAAUCCAUCCAUCCAA